UGGGAGGAAAACAUUAAGUGUGUGGUUUUCAGCUUGGUAGGAAUUUUCUUCUUGCUGGUCUUGAAUCUGCAUAACAGAUUAAGGCUAGUGUUGUAACUUCACCAUCCUGUCACUGGGGGAUGUCAGAAGGUUAUAAUUUCUAGAUUGUGAUACUGAGCAGAGAUCCCCUGACAUUGAGACUGAGUCAAGUAGUUGCUGGACAUCGCUGUUCUUCAAUCAUUCUCUUCAAACUUAAAGCCAUCAAGUGUAGAAUGAAUCUACGGUCAGGCAAAGCCAUGUCUGAAGAACCUCUGACCCCUCAGACUCCACGCUGCACCAAGGGUCAAGAUAGAUCUCUCUCAAUCUCAUUGGGAAGAGAAUCUGGUGCCUCUUCAGGGUGCCUGCAUCCUGCAAGGAAAAUGACACCCACAACUCCCAAAAAGAUUGCACAAGGUGUGACGCUUGGCCCAGUUCUUUCAGAAGAGGGUGGUGAUGAAUCUAAUUCAUUUACAACCACACCCAGAGCCACACGAUUACCAGGCAAACACUGGCAGAGCACAGAGCUGAAUAGAGGAUUCCUAUACAUGCCUAAGGCAGCAAAAUUAAAUAUUCGGGUGCAGUUUCAAGAUGAGCAUCAGGGGAUUGAAACCAGAGGAAAGACGAAGGGCAACCAAGCUCGUGCUCUCUUUCCAAACUCCACUCUGGAGUCUCGUGAUGUGGAGGCCAAUAAAGGUUCAGCUGGAGACUUGGAGCCUGUGGAGAUGACCUUCUCCAUACAUUUUGCAGCAGACUCUUCCUGUCUUAAUGAUGAGAGAGAGGACUUUAAUCAAUACAAGUUCAUUAAAAAGUCCCAAAGUUCAAUGAAAAUGAUAUUGCAAAAAUCCAUUCUUCCUCUGAAAACACGCAGUGUGCCUGAAUAUUCCCUUGUCCUUGGCUUGGAUGAAAUCCUUGUCCAUUGCCAGUUGACCAUUAUGGAGGGCACAGAAUUCGUAUUUCCUGUCUGCUUUCAGGAUAAGAGUUACCAGGUCUAUGUGAAGUUGAGACCCUACUGCAAGGAGUUCCUUGAAAAUCUGAGCCAGUUCUAUGAGAUAAUCCUCUUCACAACUGCUACAAAGGAUUAUGUUGACAAACUGCUGGAUAUAUUGGAUCCACACAGACGGCUGAUCAGACAUCGACUAUAUCGGAAACACUGCGUCUGUGUCCAAGGGAACUACAUCAAGGAACUAAAUAUCCUCAGCAGGGAUCUGGCAAAGACAGUUUUUGUAGACAACUGGGCAGGGACUUUUUGUCAGGUUUCAAAUGGAAUCCAAAUCAAAAGCUGGCUGAAAGAUCCAAACGAUCAGGAGCUACAGAAACUCAUCCCAUACUUGCAGAAACUAGCAGAACUGGAUGAUGUACGGCCUGCAAUUCAGAGGCGUUAUCGAUGGGACAGGCAGUUAAAAAGGCCCAAAGUAGUUCUGAGGAGCCAAGAUUGAAGGCCAAGUUAUUUUCAAUAAAGUGCUCCUGCCCCUUCUCUACAUCAUUCCCACUCCAGAUUUUGUUUUGAAAACCAGGAAUUUUAUUGGGUGGAUAAACUGUGAAUGCUACAACUGUACCCGUACAUCUAAACUGCUUGACUGCCUGAGUGGAAUUCUGAUCAGUCUUUUCCUGUUUUGUAAAUUUUUUUUAAUCAUUGUUCAUAUUUUACAAAUAAAAGACAUCACAUUAA